UAAGAAAAACAAAGAACCCAUAAACAAUUUACUUUGCUCGUAGUUUGUUGCACGUAAUCUUUAUUUACAAUUUCACAAAAACAUAUUUCAGUAACUUUAUUUCGUACGUUCAAUAUUUUAUGAAGUAUGUAAACGUUUCAUGAAAAGUUGUUAGUAGCGACCGAGUCGCUGCAGACGUAAGUUAUCAGUGAAAGUUAGUAAAAUGUCGCGGGGGUAAUUCGAGCAACCUGGGAAAAUAAUACCAAAACAAUGGUUCCUGCGCCGAGUUGUCCGUUUACGUGGGACUACUGGACGUCCUCGCCGUCGGACGUCGUAGAGCUCACGUGCCUGCUGCCGAACUCUGUUUACAUUCCUCUGAAGAUUAGUUGGGAUGCUACUCUUCAGGAUGUCAAAGAGGACAUUUGGUACCGGGCGGCCAACUAUCCCCUAUUUGGGAUGUUGCAUGAGAUGUCCAGCUAUGUUUUCCAAUUCGUCAACUCUCUUGCGGUACCGGAGGAGGUUGACGAUGAGAACAAGCGCAUCCGUGACAUCAAACCAGUAUGCGGUGUUCUUAUGAUUGUGAAGAGGUCGUUUGAAAGACCUGGAGAGCAAUUACUAAACACUCAUAUAAGUCAUUUAAUUGGAAAACGUCUAAAUGAAUUCGACAACAUUCGAAGUUCGGAGGUCAACGACUUUCGGGUGCGAAUGCGUUACCUAGCCGAGGAGAGUCUUAUAAAGCGAGCACAGAGCAACUGGCUGGAGCGGUUGCGGUAUCAGUGCCCACCGAGGCUGGCGGACCAGCCGGAUAUACCGACCACGCUGAAGAGCCACCUCAACCAACACUGCUUCAUACUUGUCACCAAAUUCGCGAACACUGAGGUAUCAUUCUCAUCAAGCGUCCCGGCAACACGGACGCCGCUACAGCACAUCGAAGUAAUACUGCUAAAGCUUGCAAACUCCUUGAAUAUGCGAGGGGAGCACGCUCAGAACUACGUCCUGAAGGUAUGCGGCCGCGAGGAGUACCUGUUCGGCGACUACCCGCUGAUACAGUUCCUGUACAUCCAAGAGAUGCUGUCCACGGACGGUGUGCCGCAAGUCAUGACUGUCAGCAUGGAUAAACUGCCGCUGACGCUGAGCCGAGACCUACCCUACUACCCUUACUGCCUGCCGGAGCGUAGACGCCUCACCUCGGAGCACUCCAACACGAUGCGCCGCAAGAAGAACGAGUCCUCGUGGAACAUACAGAAGGACUACUCGUGCGUCGUGCAGAGCGUCAGCAAGCUGAACGUCGACCCCGGGAAUGUUGUUUCGGUUGUAUGUCAAGCCGGUAUCUUCCACGGCGGCAAGCCGCUCUGCGAGACGCAGAAGACUCGCGCGGCCGUGAUCUCUAAGGACGGCGUGGCGCAGUGGGACCAGGAACUCACCUUCCCCAUCCAGGUCUGCAACCUGCCGCGCAUGGCCAGGGUCUGCUUCGGCGUCUACGAGAUCACCAAGAGCAAGAGCAAGAGGAGAGGGAAAGACUCAAAUAAGGAGGGUGUAAACAGACUGACGUGGGCGAACACGAUGAUCUUCGACUACAAGGAGCAGCUGCGCACGGACGGCGUGACGCUGUCGAUGUGGACGCACGUGGCGGACGACACGCAGGGGGACGACCUCGUGCUGCACCCGCUCGGGACCGUCGUGUCCAACCCCAACACCGACUCCUGCGCCGCGCUGCAGGUCAAGUUUUCCAACUACGAUUGCCAAUACCCAGUGCUAUUUCCAAAAGACGAGACAAUAAAAGACUACUCGGAUAACAUUGAAAACGUGUCGCCCGACGUGAUGGAGAGGCUAAGCAGAGACUACGAGAGACUGAGGGCUACUGCGGAGAAGGAUCCUAUGUAUGAAAUGCACGAACAGGAGAAGAAAGAUAUUUGGGCUUCGAGAGAGCGGUUCCGCCUGGAGGCGCCCGAGCUGCUGCCGAAGCUGCUGUCGUGCGUGGAGUGGGGCGAGCGCGGCGAGGCGGCCGGCGUGCGGCGGCUGCUGGCCGCCUGGCCGCUGCUGCGCGUCGAGAGCGCGCUCGAGCUGCUGGACUACGCCUACACAGACUCCGCCGUCAGGAGCUUCGCCGUCAAGUGCCUCGGCAAGAUCAGUGACAACGAUCUCUUACUCUACUUACUACAACUGGUUCAAGCUUUGAAACACGAAUCGUAUCUCAUGUGCGACCUCUCAGUGUUCCUACUAAAGAGAGCCUUCAAGAACAUGACCAUCGGACACAAUCUAUUUUGGCAUUUGAGGUCUGAGAUGCACGUCCCGUCGGUGUCGGUCCGCUUCGGGCUGCUGCUGGAGGCCUACUGCCGCGGCUGCCAGGAUCACAUCAACAGCCUCACCAGGCAGAUCACCUGUCUCGACAAACUUAAAUGGGCCAGCCAAUGUGUCCGGAAGAAGAAAGAAAUAAAACAAGCUCGAGCCGCUCUCAUCCAACAUCUACAAGAGCAGCACUGUGUUGAGACGCUGUGCGACUUUGUGUCGCCGCUAAAUCCUAGCUUUGUUUGCAAGAGGAUCAAACCGGACGCCUGCCGCGUGAUGGACAGCAAGAUGCGUCCCCUGAUGCUGGACUUCGAGAACGUGGACCCGACCGGCUCCGACAUCCGCAUCAUACUGAAGAUCGGCGACGAUCUACGCCAGGACAUGUUCACGCUGCAGAUGUUGAGGAUCAUGGACAGGCUGUGGAAGAAACAUGGAUAUGACUUUAGAUUGAACCCGUAUAACUGCAUAUCAAUGGAGUACGCGGUGGGCAUGAUCGAGGUGGUGGAGGACGCGGAGACAGUCGCCAACAUACAGAAGCAGAGCGCGCUCUUCAACGCGGCCUCCACCAUCAACAAGUCUACGUUAUUACAAUGGCUACGCAAGAACACAGAAAACAACGAGGCGGCGUUCAACAAGGCCAUCGACGAGUUCACGAUGAGCUGCGCGGGAUACUGCGUCGCUACGUACGUGCUCGGGAUCGCGGACAGACAUCCCGACAAUAUCAUGGUGAAGAAGAGCGGACAGCUAUUCCACAUAGACUUCGGUCACUUCUUGGGCCACUUCAAGCAGAAGUACGGGUUCAAGCGCGAGCGCGUGCCCUUCGUGUUGACGCACGACUUCAUACACGUCAUCAACAAGGGCCAGAAGGGAUCCGGAGAGAACCUACCUAUAGACUUCAAAAUAUUCAGAGAGCACUGUGAAACCGCUUUCAAGAUCCUCCGCAAGCACGGCCACCUGAUCCUGUCACUAUUCUCCAUGAUGAUCUCAACUGGUCUGCCCGAGCUCAGCUCCGAGAAGGAUCUGCAGUAUCUACGUGAAACAUUGGUAAUGGAUUUAAGCGAAGAGAAAGCAAUGGAGCACUUCCGUCAGAAGUUCACAGAAGCUAUGAAGAACUCGUGGACGACGUCAUUCAACUGGGCCUUCCACAACUUCGACAAGAACAACUGACAGUGACCCGUGAGCCGGCGGCUCAAGCGACAGCCGUCCAAGCACACGCCGCAGACGUUGUAGGUACCACACACUUUACCGCUACAACAGUCAUUACUCGCCCAUGUGUAAAUAAGGCGGUAAUAUCUAAGUAAAGUCUUUUCAGUGGUUAUCAAUGUCUCAAGUGACGAGUAACCAAAUACUUCGCAAUUUAGUUCUAAGACGCGCUUAACUCAUACCUCUCCUCAAGGAUACAUUUAAGCACGUCUUACAGUUAAGUUGCGUAUCAGUAUUUAGGCGUAAGUUCACUAAUUAAUUAUAAGGUCUAUUAUAGAACGUCAUGGCGUACGUAAGUUGCGAAGCUUUGCGGUUUGCUUGACAUAAAAAAAAUGUCGAUCAUACAAGGCCAUCAAAAAGUCAUUACACAGUAUAAUCAGUUCAUUUUACCAUUAAUUAGUGUACAUUUUUUGAGGUUUUUAAUGAACAGAUUGUGCUAUCGAUUUAUUAAUUACAGUUGUUAAUGAACAUUAGUCAUGCCUUAUUGAUCAGUAGUAUAAUAUUAUAAAAUGUUAUACAAUUUUAUAUCAAGACGAUUCGAUAUUACGUUAUCCGAGAUAUGGGUUUGUAAUAAUAACCAAUACCUUGUAUACCGAGCGAGUGACAAUCUACUUAUAUAGGGUUUGAUUGAAUACUUAACUCAAUUUUGUGAUGCUCUUAACUCUAUAUUAAUUCAUUCAGAUAUCAUGUGAAUAAAUAGACUUAAGAACAUCUUGGAAUUAAGUUUUGUUUUGUAUAGCGUUAAUAUAAAUUCGCCAGAGAGUUGAAAAAUACUGCUGAUAUUGCCUUGAUACAAAAACAUGUAAUACCUCAGUUCUUUAGAUUGUAAGCGUUUACGUCUCAGGGUCUAGUUUCCUGAUUGAUUAUAAUCAUAUAAUAUUAUAAUUACAUUAUAAUUAUAUGUAAAUCUUCCGCAGUCAAAUAGUCAUGUCUUCCCGAUUGUAGCUUAGUUUUACGAUAUAUUAUAAUAAAUGUAUACAGGGUGACUGGUUAAACAAGGGUUGUAUUUUAAUUACAUAAUUUAAAUUAAAGAUUAAUAUAAAAAACGAGGAGAAAUGGGAGGGUUGAAUAAUAGGAUCUCCAUUUUCAUAAAAAUACAUCAAGACGACAACGUCAUUGUUAAAGCGCCCUAAAAAUAUAUAUUUAGUGUGAUAUAGAUCCUUUUUUGUAAUCGGACAAGGACAGGACGUUUUUUCCGUCAUUUUAUGAACCAAUAGAUGGAAAAUGAAGAAUUAAAUAAACUUUGGAUUGGUGUCCCUUGUUCAACCAAUCGCCUUCCAGUCACUCGCUCCUCAUAAUGUCUACAGUGAACCUGCUUCUUACUGACACCAACGUACGUUCGAAACGGCCAUCGCUCGCAAUCAUCGCGCACUCUGUACGUAGGAACGGAUUUAGUAUCGGGUUGGUCCCGUUCACAUGGGUUAUGUUGCGAAAUAAGAAACCAAAUGCAUUUGUUGAUGUAGAUAAACCUGCCUUUGUCUAUAAAACUAGAGGAAAAUAAAAGAUAUGGUCUUUUAACUACUACAACAGCCCAUCAGACAAAAUCUUAAAUAUUCUCAGCGCGGCUAAAUUUUUUAUGCUAGCCCAUUAUUAUUUGUGCUAAAAAGAACAAACUUAUGAUUUGUGUAAGCUACACUUGAAUUUUAGGGAAAUUGGCAUAUAUUAUUCGAAAAAAGAUUGUAUUUAUGGUGAUACCUUGCCUGUUGGUGUAAAGCUAAAAGCUUGAAAGCGAUAUGAUCCACCAGAGCUAGGCGCUACCGCCGGGCAAAACAAGCGCAAAAGAGGUUUUAUGAACUGAUAGAAUCAUAUCAUCCUUAUGAACGAAUUGCGAAUUGUCAGUCACUUCAAGAUACUUAGGUCUCAUGCUAGUUUUGUCACAAUCAACUGAAAUGUAGAGACAAAUACACCUAAACAUCACUCAACAAAGUGACAUUCUUGAAUACGCCUGAUAGAAGUUUGAAAAAUCAGCUGGUUUCAAGUCACAUGUGAACGGGACGUGGUUGUCCAAAGACUGAUAGUGUUUAUGUAGAGUGGUGUACAGUACGCGAGCUUACGCGAUGGCCACUGCCUAGUAUAGUUAUGCGAUACCUUUAGACCAUGAUAUUGUGUCGACACGUCUAGAACCCUUAGCACAUUUUAAUGUACAGUUGUCAAUACAAUGUUGUGACUAACACGGAUAAUAACAUAAAAAUUGCAGUUUUUUAAGGUGUUGCAAUAACCAAGCGACAGCAAUUGACAUCACUUAUUGCUAUCAAAUUGCUAAUUUGUUAUAUGCUAUCGAAAAACGCGUUAGCGAUUUGACAGCAAUAUUUUUUCGAAUGUUGUUAUUGCUUUGAUCUAGCAAAACACGAAAUAAUGCCCACGGUAAUAAAAUCUACUCGGAAUGUCGUUUUAACGAUGACUCAACUACAAAUCACUUUAAUUACAAUAUUACGACGGUAUAUAUGAAAAAAGCGAAACUCAACCUUACUGCUCUAACAUUAAAGGUUUAAAUUAAUUGGAUGUAACAGUCAACUAGGGUCACAGGAAAGAAAACAGGGGUGUGGUUAAGUAGACAAAUUAUGACUUCUAGACGAUUCGAAGAACACCUGCAACUUGUAAGACACAAUGCAUUUCUAAAAUGUAUCGGUUUGACUUAGACUUGUGCCGAGACAUAUGAUGACGUCACACAAUAUACGUAUGUUAUCAUUAAUGAGAAAGUUAGACUUAAAACAAAAAAAAAACAUUAGAAUUACUUUAUGUGUGACGUCAUUACGUCUACGGCCCCAGACGGUUUUAAGGUGUGCGGCGGCGGAUUUGGCUGUGAUAUAACCGCGCUGCGUAUGCGCAUAUAGGUAAAGAAAUUGCUUUUAUUAUUAUUUUUGAAAGUUAAUAUAAGACGAUAUGAAUUACUUAAACGUCAAACUAGGCAUUUAUGUUUGAUAGUUAAGGUAGGGUUACAUAACGAUGUUAUUCUAACUUAUUCUUUGAAUAGUAUUCGGGAGGGUUGAUAGCUGCUCACUUAGCAUUAUUGGCUUUAUUUAAAUUUCUAUAUAACUUAUAAUCUUUGUAUAGAACGGAUAUAUCUGCCUAUAAAAAAAACUAGAAUAAAUCAUUUAGAUGUUAAUAACAUUUGUAUUUACUAUUUAGUUUUGUUAGUUGUUAGAAUUCGGAUCAAAAUUGUUUUACUCUUUAGGCUAAGGCAUGCGUAUACUAGAUAAUUGUAAAGGUGUAUGAAGGGCAGGAGAGAGUAGGACACGCCGCCGCAUCCCUACAACCCUCUGUAACACACACAUAGGCACUUUUAUAAUGCACGGUAUUCUAGAAGCUAAUGUAGGGCUAUUGGAAGUGAGACCAAAUGUAGGUAUCCACCAGAUCUGGAAACCGCACCCAGAAAACAUGAGUUUCACUUUCAGAAACAAUUGUAUGAAAUUUCGGAUGUGUGCGGUUUUCUGGUAGGACGAAUUAAGGUAAUGGGGUGUGAAUAGAGAGAGGUAAUAGUGAGUGAAAAGGACGGAGUGGUUUGGAAUAGUUAAAUGAGUUUAGGGAAUAAUUGUAUACAAUAUACAGCCGAUACUAAAGUAGAUAAGGUCAUGUGCAUGUUGGUUUUGUAUUGUACUUGGAGAAAGGAAAAUAUCGUGCAUUUACAAAGUGGACACAUCAUAAUGUUAGGCGAAUUGCUCUCACUCUAAGCAUAGAUGUAAUUAGUAAAACAUAAACAUAGACCCACAUCAAAGCGAUCAUACUCUUUUUACCGAGUUCUAAUCGAGUAAAAUUUAAAUCGAUUAUCGAUAUCGAACCCCGAAAAGAGUGUCGUCGCUACUCGAAAAUAGUUUAAAUCAUAGGCUUAGCAGUAUUAUAUUGUUCAUAUUCGUAAUCAGAAUAAAUUGCUUUUAAGUUUUUUGUAUAACUUCGCGCUACCUCAAGCUGUGUGUUGAACAGUUGCCUCGUUAAAAUCAUAAAACCAUCGGAAUACUCUAGGUACUAGUUGAGUGUGUGCGCAAAAAAUAGAGAACAUGGUCAUGGUGACAUUGUCUAGAGAAUAUGGGCCUGUAAGCACAAGUAUCGAAAAAUUAUUUGUUGAAGUUCCGUCACUUGAUUUUACAGUUGGCUUAUAAACUAAUUCGGUUGACAAAUAACGAUGAACCCUAGAUCAUUGGUUGAAUAGUACUGUUCAUGGAUCUAGAUGUCUGCAAUGUAUGCGUUUUCACAUUAAAUAUCGUCAACCUUGAAUGAACAACCGAGUUACGAAAAAGUCCGAUGGUAGGUUUGAAAACAAUUGGCACUUGAAAAGUUCUAGUGAAAUAUACACGAUCGAAGUCGAUUGAUGGAAUGAAUAUGCCUUAUCAAUGUAGUUAAGUUGCUGUUGUGAACGGUUUUAGCGAAUUUCGAGAAAUGUAACUACCGCUAGAUUGAUUAAAAUAAAAAUGUGUAAGUCGUAAAAAUAUCAUCUGAUUACAAGCAUAGGAUAUCAAUGUAUUACAGAAACAUACUAAAAACAUGACUCAGAAAAGUAAACAUUAUAGAACGGUAAUACGAAAAUAGUUCAACAUAUAAAAUCUUCCGUACUGACAUGUCAGGUCAUGCAUUUCAGUCAAAACCAUAUUUACGAAAAUGGUUUUAAUUUCUAAUUUUCUGUAGCAUGCUAAAGCUUAUUGGCAUGGUAACUCGUUUAUCCUGAAUCAAUAGUGAUAACAUCUUUGGCAUUUAAUAUUUAAUUCCAUCUAGCAUAUCAGAAUUUUAAAGUGGUAUAAUCGAUAUUAUCUAUACAUACAUAAUGUUCAUGUAAUUAGGCAGAUCAAGAAUAUCUAAACUUACUUGGAAAAAAAUAUAUAAUACACCAUCAAAUAACAUCUAUAUCCGUAGUUCAAUACAUAACCACAAAAACAAAUUAAUAUCAAAAAUAUAAUAUGUAUUCACUAGAAUAAAAUUACGAAUUGAAGUCUAGCACACAGUUUUAUGAUAUACGGAAUUCUUAAUCAAUACAUUUUAAUAUUCACGAUGCAAUAUAGACUGGUCUUGGUCAUAAAAAUAUUACCGUUUAUGGUUAUCUCAUAAUUAUGAAAGACGUAAAAGCGAAUGAUUAUAUACCGGCUUGUACAAUGAACUCUUAAGAUAGGUCUGUGGGAAUUGUGAGUGUGAGACAGCGCUAUAUACUGUAUAUAGCGGCGUCUUGCUUCCACCACGCUCACAUUUCUAUUUGCAGAGCCCGAUGUUGAAAAUCAAAGUUAGUAUCAAUUUAAAUCUUACCUAGUUCAAGUCGUUAAAAUUUGUUCGUUGAUAUUAACUUAAUAGGCAGAUACCCGCUGUUACGCAUAUAAAAUAGAUUUAAAUCAAAAUGUUAUCAAAUAUAAUCGAACAUUAGAUACCAAUACAUUCUUAGUCUAUAAUGUUAUACAUGUCAGUGGUAAUCAAAUAUACAUAGUCUUAACAUUUAGUCUACAGUGCAGUCACAGCUCUUGAAGUAGGUCUGUCGCUAUUGUGAAAGAGAUAGCGCUCUACACAGCGACUAUCGGCAUCUCGCUUUCACAACGCCAACAGUCCUGUUUAGAGCUAACAGACGCGCAGAUAAGUCAUUUCAUAGGUUUAUAAUAAGGAAUAGGAAAUAAACGCUCUUGAAUCGCUGACAAUAUGAAACGAAAGUAUCGAGCAAAUAGUCGAUUUGUACAAUAUUCCUUUUCAAGGUAUCCCUCCAUUUGGUGGUUUUAGAUAUCUCUGUAUUUAGUUUCAUUUCUAGCAAGUAUUAGGAACUAUUUGUUUCCUGGAUAAUAUUUUUGUUUAUCACUUAUCAACCCAUAACUUCUUUCUGGGUUUCGAACCAUCGGUUAUCUUAGUAACAACUACUUUUUGCCAGUUUCCUCUGCAUCUAAGGUACAUGUUGAUUGAGGUAUAUUAUGGAAAAUGUACGGUUCCAACACUUACAGACACUUACUUGGAACAAUGUUUAAUGAAUUGAAAUUACAAUUUCACAUGCUCGUUCCAUAAUUUUUUAUAAUUAAAAGUCGAUACAAUAAUUAUAUGCCUUGCUACUAGGGAAGAAUAAAGCACUUAGCUAUAUUGUCAAUUAAUCUCUCAGUGAUAGCGUGAUCAGAUUCACGAACUGCCUUCGAAAAUCCAGAUUAACUCUCUUUAUCUAGCAUGAAAUACCGCCGUUGCCUUUUUAGUACAAUUUGCUACAUACAUAUAAGGGUCUAACAUUCUGACCCCGAAUUUCUCAUACUGCAAAGUCAAAUACUGAAAAAAAUGCCAAGCUAUGCUUAAAUUCAGCUUGUAAUAAGCCUCAAUCGAAUGGAGGAUUUCAAUGGAAAUCUUAUCUUCGUAAAAAACAAAAGACAAAUUUAAUUACUGUUGCCUUUUAAAUACUAGACAUAUCGUAAUUGAGCCAUUCAAUAGUUUUAGAUAGCCGAGUAAUAAUAAAAUUAUGCCGUGAACGUUCGAACGACGUAUUUUGUUACAUACACCAUGCUUUGACCAUGAACUGUCAAUUGGAUAUAAUUCGCCGUGAUAUCUCAUGUCACUUAAACGGAUAAGCUAACUUGCGUUUGAAUUAACGUUUACGCAAAAUACAUUCGAAGUUCAUAGGUUAAUACCAAAAUAAAUAAUAUUUGCGUGGCUUUUGCUGCAACGAUUGUUACGUGAUGAUAUUGUACUAGACACAGUUGUUGCCAUUUAGUUCAGGUCUGCCACUGCCUUCUAAAGUAUGGUUGUUGCAGAUGUUGAAGCGAGACGGCGUUCUACACAGUGUAAGCUAUCUUGCUCCCACAACUACAAGUCUUUAUGAGGUGGUCUAGGGCUCCAGAUCUGUAUAAUCCGUGAUCCGUGACGCGCGAGGAGAAACUCGAUGUAUCGCGGUUGUGACACCGAUCUCCAGAAUCGAAUGAACGAAUCAUUUUAUUAUUAGGUCAAUUUGACGCGAUGAAACUCAUUGUCCUCAAAUGUUGUAUUUGUCCAUCUGGGUUUAAACAUGCAAAAUAUGGUUUUACAGAAGUACUGUCAAAGACAAAGUUAGUUUCAUUUGUGGUCUUUCUUCUUUACGUACGUGAAUUAAAUAUUAGUCAAAGUGCUUAAUGAAUACUUUUUUAUUAAUUAAGCGAAAUUAAAUAAUCACAAUAAUACUAGUAUUUUGGUUAAUAUAAGUACUUUCGGACUAAUCAUCGUCAUAAUAAUUAAACAUCACUUUAAUUAUCCAACUUCUGCUACUAAGUAAUUGUGGUUUCUUAGGUUUACGCGAAUGUUAGACAUUGAAAUGAAACUACUUUUACGGAUUUUAUCGCGUACUAUGUAAUUGUCUCGAAAUUACUAGAUGGUUAACGACUGUGUCUACAACAAAGAAAAAUACAAAUGGUUUUUGAAAUGUUGAUCGAUACACAAUUACUCACACUUAAAGCUUAUGUGUAAUUAAAAACUCCAAUUACAGCAAAUAUAUGCAUAAAGGCCAAAAUAAAUCCAUCUGUCUGUCUGCCACAGUUUUAGCUUACAUUAACUAAAAGAAAUGUCACAUACAUUUGUACAUUAGUACAAUAAUGGUAUUGUGUAUAUGAACCAACAUUCACGCCAGUAAAACCACAAGCGAAAUCUAGUAACAUAAAACCAACUGUUCCAAUUACUUAUACAUGUAUGCGUGUAUCGAUCAGCCCAAUUAGGAACAGCGUCUAUGUAUAAGAACGGUAAUCCAUACACUGCCAAUAAGUGAACAGUAGACUGAUCGCCUUCUCAUUAGUUAGCAAUAGUUUAUACGAAUGUAUCGCGUAUAUAAGAUACACGAACUCUGUUAUUAUUGCUAGGAGAGAUAGUAUUGUUUAUGUAAAGUUUGGAUGAGGAAAUUGUAUCAUGUUGGGGUAUGGAGUAACUUUGCUUGCGAUGCGUAAGGCAAUUUCUCGAUUUGGCUGACUCUUUUCACAAGAUUUGAUGAGGGCGGUCUUAGGGGAUUCUUCUGUAUACCCAGGGCCGAAUCAACCAUCUCGGGGCCCCUAGGCAUGAUGCUGGCUCUUGCCCAUCUGAUCGCCACAACCGUUUUGGGUAACACAAUAUCCAAUAGUUAGACUGGUUGUCGGGCAACUGAUAAACAUAAGACGCUUUGUGUAGAUAACUGCCAGCAACUUUUAGUAUUUCGGGCAAUAUUGGAAUUCUUCCGAAUUUUCCUGUUUAAACAAGUCAUAUCAAUAUCUAAAAAGUAUCAUUGUGUGGCCAUAACACGACACUGACAGAAAUUGCUGAAAAACACCAGCAGAUUGCCUUUAAAAAAACUAUCAAUAUUAAACCUUUAAACAGUUUUUGGGAGCUAAAUGUAUAUACUUAGUUUAAUUAUUAAACUUUUCACCCAGUGAAAUAUCCAUUUGAUACGAUGAUGCAGUUUCCUCAUGUAUAAAGUAUAGUUCCAUAAGCUAAUUGCCAUGAAAGUGCUUAAUAUAAAGCCUUUCGUUAGAAACAGUAGCUUCCCAUGCCGAGUGUGAACGUUAUCGUGUUAUAAUAAUGGUUUCUUAGAUGUAAUAGUCACAGUAAUUAUAUAAUGGACAUUAUCAAAGAUGGGGACUAGAAUAUCUCUUGACUUUUGGGCCGUUGAUGCAUGGGAUAUGACAUGGUCCAGUUACCCUGGACUUUAUGGACACGCAAGUUGGUUCCGUCGAGUUCAAUGCGUGAACAAAAGCAAGUAUGGUUAGGAGUGGUGUGUAGACGAAGAUCUGUCUCGUGUGUGACUGGUCUUACAUCUAAAACUUCGGAAGAUGUUUUCAGCAUGCUAUAGUCUUUGUUAAAUAUUAGUAUAGUUGAGAAUAAAUUGUAUUUGUUAUCGAAUUGGUUUAAUAUUUACAGGCAAUCGUUAUGUCCCCAUCUAUCCGUACCGGGAUAAUAAGACAGAAAAUGCAGUUUUGCGUUAACAACCAGGAUAUUUGAAUAACUAAGUUUUUUGUUUGAUUAUUCCGGUCAAUACACACCUACAUAAUAUUGUAUUUAGGAUAAACAAAUAAUAGACUAAUUAUAAACGCAGCUGAUAAUAAAUAGAGAUUUCUCUGAUUAUAAUUUAUUAUAUACUAGAUUAAUACUUCAGAAAUAAAUUAAUAACAAUAUAAUUUAUUUCAUGAAAGACAAGCAAACUCACUUUGGAUAUAUUCUUGCUCUGUAUGAAGCGGUUUGUGUCAUCGUCAUCCCAUAUAAAAUAUGUAUGAUAACUAUGUAUGGCCCAUGGUAUACCGUGUAUGUUAAUGCUUCCUAUGUAGUGCUAAAUAUCAACUAGGUUUAAUUAAUUGUAAAGGUAUCGUUGCGCGAGGGGCAAAAUUCUAUACAAUGUAUAAUUACUACUUAGAAAUUGUAUUUUUUAGUUUUAAGUUUUAAAAGCUUAUUUUGUAAUAAGCAGAAUGAGAAUAUCAAAGCAGUGAAAAUAUGAUGUUCGUCUUUAAGUUCGAGUGUUGACAUUUAGUUGUCAGCGGCCAGCAGUCGCCUCGCAUCGCGCAACGUCACAAUACAUUUUUAAUUUACACAAGUUCCGUUUGUGCAAUGUAAAUAAUAACGUCUUAUUUAUGAGUGAUAAUGAGGACAUUGUCAGGAGCGCUGUAGUAUGUGUAAAGCGUAAAUGAAUGUUUGAAUUAUGUUUUUAUUGUAUUAUGCACGAUGGAGAUGUGUUCGGUCGUUGUGAUACUGAUGCCGCCCGCCCCGCGGGAGCCACCAGUAUAGAGUUAUCACCAAAUAUUAUUGAAGGAAUAAGUGUUAGAGGAUCGUCAUCGAGUUUAAUAUUAAAUAAUACAAACAUUAAUUAGCCAUAUUCCUAAUUGUUAUAGUUAAGUAUCACGAUACAUCUCAAGUCUACAUACAAUAGUUCCUUUGUCAUGUGUCAUUUUGUAAUCGUACUACUAACGAAAUGUGUAAUAGAUUCGUUUAUUGUAUAAAGUAAUUUACUGAAAAAAAUAUUUGCAUCUAUCUCAAAUGUCAUUUUAUAGAAUAAAUUAAAAUUAUUAUAUUACGCUUA